UGAAAGGGUUAGGGUUUUAGGUGCUUUAAAAUAUCACAAAAAUUUAUCACUCCAUUCUACUCUUUUGCGCCUCCGUCUAACCUAUCUUCUCUCUGCAACUUUCAGAAAUAAGCAAUGGCGGUUCCCAAACUUGAUAAGAAGAUAGUGAAGAAGAGGGUCAAGCAGUUCAAGAGGCCCCAAUCUGACCGAAAAAUCUGUGUGAAGACCAACUGGCGUAGGCCAAAGGGUAUUGAUUCGCGAGUGAGAAGAAAGUUCAAGGGAGUGACUCUUAUGCCAAAUAUUGGAUAUGGGUCUGACAAGAAGACACGUCACUUCCUCCCCAAUGGCUUUAAGAAAUUUGUUGUGCACAACGUAGGUGACCUUGAACUUCUGAUGAUGCACAACAGGACUUAUUGCGCUGAGAUCGCUCACAAUAUCUCAACCAAAAAGAGAAAAGAUAUUGUCGAGCGUGCUGCACAGCUUGAUGUUGUUGUCACCAACAAGCUUGCAAGGUUGAGAAGCCAGGAGGAUGAGUGAUCAUGGAACCCAAAAGUUUUGUUUACAAUAGAUUUAAGAGGUCUGAGCUUUCAGUAUUAGGCAAGAACAUUACAAAUCGUUUUAUGAUGGUCUUUUCUUGUUUUAAUUUUGCUGUAGUUCAUGUUUCUGACUCGUAUUUUGGAAACUGGAGAUUUAUUUUGUUAAAUUGGGAGCCCAACCUGUUUAUCAGGGACGAGAUUCGGGAUAGUUUUAA